ACGAGGCGGCAGCUCUCCUUGGAUCAGCCAACCUUCUUUCUUCUCUUCCUUCGCCAACUUCUCUUUCUCCUCUUCUUUUCCCCCCGCCACCAUCGUUUCAGUUUCAGUCCCUCGCUUCUAUUCUUCCUUCUUGGCGGCUAACUGCUAUCCCACCCUGCAGAAUCUCUGCAGGCCCUCUUUUCCUCCUCCGCACGCGACCAAAGAAAAUCUCCGCGCCUCUCUUCUAACCUCUGGCUGCCCCUCUGGCAAUUCCCCUCACGAUGGCAACCGAGGCCCGCGAUGCCGCCAUCCGAGAUGCGAAGCGCUAUGUUCGCGAGAUCGUCCGGAACGACUGGGUCUUUGAACCCUCCUCCGAGCCUGGCGUUCCUUCAUUCUCAUCUCCUCCCACCCCCGACCAAGAUGUCCUACGUUGGCGUCGACGCGAAUAUGACAGCUCCGGCUCCGAGCUAGAACCCCAGCCUUCGCCCGCCAUCAGCCCUGUUGGUGGUCACAAUGCCUCCGAGCUCGCCAGCCCGCUCGGAACCCCGCUCAGUGACGACUCCGAGCGGAGGCGCAAACGGCGCCGCCAGAUGGAGGAGGAAAUGCAAUGGAACCCAGGCCUCCGGACAUGGGUAGAGCGUCGGGAUGCGUGGUCUGGAGCUCUCUCAAGGGACGAGAUUCGAGCAAGAGAAGCAAAGACCCAGCAGGCUGCUACACCUACGACAUCCUCCUCGGAACAACCUCCACAUAAUGCGUCCGUGCCUGCUGCUACUACCGUGGCCACCCCUCCCCUCUCCGCUUCAUCGGCCAAUUCCCAAAACGACCUCGCCCUGCGCACUGAAGCUUCCCUCAGCAUCGCCGAAAAUGACAGCGCGCUCCCACGGCCGCCAUCUCGCGGCGAAGAACCCUCCACGGCAGCAGAACAACCACCCCCGCCUCCCCCCGCAGGGGACGACGAGAACCAGGGUGGAGAGUCUUCCUCCGCAGAUACCGGGUUGAGUCAACCUGACUCUGCGCAUCAACCAUCAACCAGCGAAGACCCCUUCAUCCCUGUCGUCUCGUCUCUAAUCUCCAAUGACAACCCCAUCCGCGCCUCCAUCACCCCGGCGAUGUACCCAUCCAUCUACUCCAAAGUCGUCAUCCAGGGUCUCACUCCCACCGUGCCGAUCAACCUCGCAGAUGUAACCAAGGCUAUGGUUCAAGGCUGGAAAUCGGACGGCCAAUGGCCCCCGAAACCCUCCUCGAUCGUGCUCCAAGACACCGCGACGGUGCGGCCCAAACCCGAGGAGCCUGCAGAUAAGCCGCCGUCGUCACCCGAGUCCAAACGGCGCUCGGGUGUAGCCAGCGCCGUGCGCAAGGUCUUCCACUUCUCAGGCUUUCAUCCGCAUCAUCCUUUCCACCGGAGAGGAUCAAGCAGUCAGCAGAAUGAAGGAAAUGCUGAAGGAGGUGUGAACCAAUAGUUGCUAGCCUACUUUACCUCACUUUCUAUUCUAUAUUUACCCUCGCCUCGCUAUUAUGACAAUGAUUUUGACGAUUAUGCUUUUAUUUGCUGUAAAUAAGCUAAGCUAAGCUAAGCCAGGCUAUCACACAAUAACUUUGGGUUCGGGUACCGGUUUGGGGGGAACUUUUCAUGACUUAUCAAAUGGACGCUCACAUGCAUGCAUGCAUCCCACACGCACACACAUAUGCACGGGCGUGCAUAAUCAAUCUGUCAUGCAUAUUGGCUACUACUGGCACUUACCUCUUAUCCAUCUACUACCUACCUACCUAGUCU